AACGGAAAAUAAAAUGAAUAUCAUAACAAAUCAUUAAUGGUACGUAGAAUUUGAUAUUGUUGGGACUCUCCUCCACCUUGAAAUUCUCAAUUCCCCCAUGAUCUUUGUCAGCACUCCCACUCCCCCAAAUAUCUUUACAAUCACCCAAUUUUGUUUUUAUUUAAAGAUCUUCAUCACAUGGGUAUUUGGUGGUGGUUUGCACACCAUAGAUGGUGAAGAGAAUUUCAAAGCCCCCCUUUUUGUUUUUUUUGUUUUGUAUUGUAUUCUAUUAUAUUCAUAUUUAAAAAUCCUUUUUUCACUUCUAGUGGGCCUUUUUUCUUUGCUCUUUAUAUUCUCCACAACCAAACAUUCCUCCUCAAUUUCCUCUCAUCUUCCUCUGUAAUUUUUUUCUCCUUUCCUCUCCUCUUUGCCUUUCAAUUUUUGAUAGAAUUAUUUGAAACAAUGGGGACUGAAGGGUCAGAAAAAAACACAAUUAUUUUCACAUAUGGAACACUCAAAAGAGGAUUUUCAAAUCACGUUCUCUUACAAGACAUGAUCGCCGCCGGCGACGCUUCUUUCCUCGGCGUUUACCAAACCGUCGAUCGUCUCCCUCUUGUUUGCGGGCCCUACAGGGUUCCCUUCCUCCUCAAUUUCCCCGGCUCCGGCGAGCACGUGCGUGGCGAGCUGUACGCCGUCUCGUCACGUGGGUUGAUACGAAUGGAUGAAUUGGAAGGAGUUACAAAAGCCCAUUACCAAAGGCUCCCGAUCAGAGUUCGGGCCCUGGAUCAGGCCCGGCCCGAUGAAGUGGCGGCGGAGGCGUAUUACGCACAUGAAAAUUAUGCAGAGGCGUUGUGGAAGAGAAAUGGACAAAAAGGGUACAAAUGUUAUACUGAAAAAGAAGCGAAAGGGUACGUAAAACGUAAGGAACGGCCACAACAUUUGACAUUUUUGGAGCAAAUUGGAAUCUUCAUAGCGUCAUCGUCAGAUCAAAAAGAUAAUAAUAAUCCUAAUUCUUGUCAUUGUAACAAACAUCUUCCUGCUGCUCCUGUUCCAAUUGAUGUUGUUAAUCAUUGAAAAAUUUUGAUUAGGAAGAAGUUUGUUACAAUUAAUUAAAGGGUUAAUAUAUUAUCUUAUGUUAUAUGUUGGUGUUGUUAAUCAGUUUGUUAGAUCAUAGAUGUUGAUGAUACUGAAGGUGUGACAGAUUUGUUUGUCUGUCUUACUGCAAAUAUUGCAAAAGCAAAUGAUUUGAUCUAAUUUGUACUAUUAUUGGGUUCAUUUGCUGCACAUGAAAAGACAAUUUAUUAACAAUAUUUUAUGGUUUUCUAUAUUUGUCAA